UAGUUCCGACUAGCACAUGAACGCAGCACACCUCAAGAGUGGGCUACAGCGAUGAUGCUUAGGCUACGUGUGUGAGUGGGAUGGAUGCAAGUAUUUUGCCGUCGACAUUCUGGUUGCUGGACGCACGUACUGUAGGCUACUGCGGUAAGGACGCAGCUGUUGGCUGGCUUGAAUAAGCUGAUCAAAGAGACUCACAGAAAAUGUUGAUUUCAUUUUUAAAACAGCCUUUUUGACUUCGAUGCAGGCAGAGUGGACCUUUUCCACCUCUAAACAAAUUAUUGUAGAUUAUAGAAACCCUCGUCGGCCGAUGUUCAGGGAGUCGUGUUCGUGGGAGACGCACGAAAUUAUUCUACAAGACCUAUCAAAUGAAGGUUAAGGUUUCGCAAACAACACGCAACGGCAAUUACACGUCUGGCAACGUCUCGCUCUGAGAAUCUGGGUAUGAUGAGGUUGUUUUAUUUAGUCUGAACUGUCUUUACAUGCCUGACACCCCUUGACAGAAAUACUCUGAAGCUGUGUAUCUGGAUGGAGAACAAUGUUGACAGCACUGUCACUGAAUAUUACUCCCGAAAUACACAGCGCGUCAUUACUUUGAGUGUCUAUUCUUCAGUCGUUGAAGCCUCCUUGGUACAUUGAAGUUGGAAGAUUUGUACAUUAGCCAAUAGUAUCAAACAUAUCUUAAUCAUCUGAAGGCUGCAACAAUGAUUCAGCAGAACAAUAACAACAACUACCCAUGCCUGGAGAUGUCUUGCUCCCCCAGGGAGGUGCUGCAGAAGUGCCAAAGAAGCUAUCUUCCCUUCACAGGACGCUUGGAGCUUGGGGACAUGCCCUUAGUCAAGGGCCUUCGGGCCUGGGCUGCGUGCUCCAAGAACCGCAGGAGGGCAGCACCUCCCCCCAGGUCCCAAGGAACGUGCCCCAGGCCUGCAGAUGGCUACCCAGUGGGGGGCAGGCUGGGUUAUGGUCUGGGGCUACCGCUGGACUCCAACUAUGCCUCCAACCCCAGACAGACAGGCCUGGGGGCACUGGUGACUGUGGCAACAUUGAAGGCCUCUGAGAGAGGUGGUCAGACUCAGACACGUUGUCUGUUCCUCAAGACGGAGGGUGGAAGGUGCCUCUACUCCACGGGCAGCCCAAGGCCCUGCACUCAAGGUCUGGCUCCUCAGUCCCCCUCCACGCUGGUGGGCAGCUGGCUGAGGGAUAAAGUGGGAGGGGUCAGGGACUCAUCCACGGUUGGGAAAAUUGGGGUGUGGGAUAUGGGAGGGGCCUCAGAGUUGUACCAGGUCAAAUCGAGGUCAGCCCGGAGGUGGAGGACAUCCUGCAAGCCUGUGGGUCCCAUCCAGAGGAGAGCACUCCAGAGCACGGAGGACUCUGGCGGGCGUACCCUGGAAGGGAGCCAGGAAAGCAGGGACAAAGGGGAGUUUCCCACAACUGGCCAGGACACUCAGAGUGGAAAACAAGACCGAGGCAGUACUAGAAGCCCCAAAUGCAGUCACGCUCAGACCAAGACCUGCACCCAGUGUCACGGGCGGAGAGGAGGACAGGGGAGCAGCAGGGGUCAGAGGGGAGCUGCUUCUGUAUGUGAGCAGGAUCAGUCGAGCGGCGGUGUGGAGGGGAUUAAGGAGAAAGUGCAGGACGGGACUGGUCUCACCCGGUCAAAGCCCUGUGACUCCUCCCUGCCUCCAGACAACGCUGACCCAGAAAACUGCAGCAGUGACGUCGGGGACCGGGGAAAGCCAGACAGCCCACGCGCACAGGAGGGGCUGCAUCCUGAAACCUCCCUUGACAAGGAGCACUUCCAGGACAAACUAUGCGAUACAGACAUCCAUACUGGAGGCAAGGAUGUGGCCAGUGGUAUCAUGAGACAUGUGGAAGACUUUGAUGGCAUGGUGGGUGCUGUGAUUGGGUUUGUGGAUCAUAUCAAGUCCACAGAGUGUGAUUCUGAGAGUCUAGGGGGGAACAGGGGGAUAGCUGAGGGGGAGCUGCCCAACAGGUGGAUCGAUGUUCAAACUUCAGAGAGACACUGCUGCUCUGAGAGAGGCUGCCUCAAAGACUGCUCCACUCAACCACCCGGACCAGCAGGGGGCAGCAUUUCAACUGCUACUGAUGAGACUGCCUAUGGUCAGAUAAAUCAGGAAAGUAAAUCAGAUAGUCAAUACAAUAAGCUUUGUGUGAAAUGUCAGCCAGAAGAAAAAUAUCCUGUGGCAGUGGAUAAAGAAGUAUUACAGAAAUCUGUGCAUGGCCUCUGUGAGGGAGAGGAGGGGAUCCAGUCAACAGCAUCAGAAAUUAGGGAACUCUGUGGGGAGCAUGGAGAGCUACUGCCUGAGGUCAGGAGCACAGAUGAUGAGACCAGGCUGGUAGGGGGAGACAUCACAUCCCAGAGAACUGAGCGAGGGCCUCGCUGGGCAACGGAGGAGCAUGAGUCCGAGCUCACAUGUAGGACGGAAGAGAGGUGUUUUUCAGAUUUAUCAGCUACUGAGGAGGCCGUAGGAGGGUGGAGGGAGGCAGGGACUGGGCAGUUUAAUUCCCUUUUACGAGCCUCUGCUGCUGCUGGCCCUGCUACCUCUGUCACACACUCGCCGCCUAAUCCGGCCUCCUCAGGAGCCAUGGCAACAGGCCUCCCUGCUCCAAAUGGGGGGCAGACAGACGCUGGAGGUUGGGCUCUGGUGCCUCUGCUACGGAGCCCAGGGGAGCAGGAGUGGAAGAGGGGCAGGGACGAGAGCAAGGUGGCCGCCAACGGUGGGUUCCUGGAUGGGGGGCCGGAGGCGGAGGAUGACUUUGGACUUUUCAUGCAGGCAGAGGAGCAGCCGCCCUGGGACGACCGCUUCACUGCAUCACCCCUAGUGCCUUCUGGGAAAAGUGAGUGUGUUGCACUUGAAAACCAUUCAAUCACCAACGAGUCGACCCAUUGGACCUCAUGUUGGCCAGACCGCUCAUUCCAACCAUCAGAGGAUGCCUGGACAGCCUUCCCAAAGGAUUCAGAGGGAGAGGGACAAGACACAAGAGGACAGUGGUGGCCCACAAAUGCUGUGGAGAAGACGAGGGGAAGAUUCUCUGCCAAGGGAAAUGUGAACAAUGUGUUUGUGGAGGCCUUCCCGUCACUGUCUACUCCCCUGUAUGAUCGUGAUGCUGUUCCCAUGCUCAGCCAGCUCCUCAGAGGCAUCUUGGAUCAUGAAAGCUCUGCAGAGGAUCAUGGCUUACUUGAUGGGUUCCAUGACCUGAAGAAGAUGUUUGGCUUGAAAUAUAAGAGGGCAAAUGCUGUUUCCCGUGAACGGCUUCUACAGUCGCUACAUUUGGGCCAGUAUGACACGGAAAAUAUGACUGGGCAUAGAGCAGCCAACUACAGUCCCUCUCUUGGCCUCCCCUCGUCCAGUCAGCAUACACAGGCCUGUGGGAAGAGACGGUUAUCUUAUGAUGUCAACAAGAACAUCAUGGAAUAACCAAGAUUUCCACUUUCCCUGACUGUCAACAACACAUUGUCUUUACUAUGCCCUUCUAUGCCAAACCACUAAUGGGUCACGGUCUUCAUCUCCAUGGGAAGAAAUAACUAAACAUUUCACAAGAUUCAGAACUCAGAGGAUGGACCAACUGGACCAGCUGACUAUAUGGUGACCCUUAAUAAUGCCCUGUUUUGCUUUACAUUCCCUGGAAUUGGAUCAAUAGAUGCAUACCUGUGACAAAUUUGGAUAAAACUAAGCACAAAUAAUUAUUUUUGUCUCACAAAUAUUCCUAAAAUACAUGCAAAUGUUUACAUUCUUAUUAAUCUCAUUCUUAGGGACUCUAUGAAGUGUUAAAGUAAUUUGUUUGUCAGGAGAAGUGGAUGUCUAUACCCCCUCCCCCUUCGUUCACUCCCACCCUCUUUCCCCCACACACACGGACUUGGACACAAACACACACUGUCCUCUCCCAUCAUGUGGUCUGGCUCAACUGUGUGCCAGUGACAACUCUGGAGCAGAAUAUAUACUGUUGGUUUAGCUAACAUUGGAGCUCACAUGGAUCACAGCUCCUUUUCUUAUUAUCUCAGUACAUAAUGACCAUGUUUACUGAAAUGAUUACCUUUUAAAUUGGGGUGUUUCUGGAUGUCAGAAUUACGUUUUGUACUGGCAAAGAGAAAGUGUUAUUUUACCAGUACAAGUUUGUUUUAGAUCACAAAAACGCAAUCAUGUCAUAUUAAGACUCCAUUUUGUUGUGUGGGGGCAACCCUGGGCAACUCAGUAGGUCUACAGAAAAUGUAUUUGAUGUUUGUGAUUUGUACAUAAUUCCAAGGGAAAAUACAGAUUUUUCUGAGUGGUUCAAAUGGAUAAAAAAAAAAAAAAAAUGUUCAUUGAUGUAAUAAAAUGACACGGUGAUUGCUGUUUUCCAUCCUCAAAGCUUUUGCUAAUGUUGUUGCUGCAUAAUUUUUAGAAGUACCUAAAUGGUCAUCUUAUUUGCG